GAAAAUCCACAAGAAAAUUUCGUGGCUGAGAUUGCUUUUCCUCAUCCUCAGACAACGAAUGCUCGUUUUAGGUCACCCAAACUCCAAACGACUCCUUCCUCAGCUCCUCCUCAUUUUCUACUAAGAAAUCCUAACCGUCAUUGCCAAACAAAGAUCUAUGUAGGUUUCAGUGAUGGAUCGGUUUUUACUUGUAGACAUGGAAGGAGGGGGGCGGAUCCGAUGCUUGGUCGGGAGGAUUUGAAUCGACGGUCGAGAUGGAGACGUAUUCUUCUUCCGGAGAAGAUUUGAUUGUAAAGACGAGGAAGCCUUACACGAUCACAAAGCAGCGGGAGAGAUGGACGGAGGAGGAACAUGGCAGGUUUCUUGAAGCUUUGAAGCUGUACGGACGAGCUUGGCAGCGCAUAGAAGAGCAUAUUGGUACAAAGACAGCAGUGCAGAUCCGAAGUCAUGCUCAGAAAUUCUUCUCAAAGUUGGAGAAAGAAGCCCUUAUAAAAGGUGUGCCUCUAGGACAAGCUCAUGACAUAGAAAUCCCACCUCCACGCCCUAAAAGGAAACCAUGCAAUCCAUAUCCUCGAAAGACUGGCGUAAGCACUCCCAUCUCUUCUUCAGUGGGCGGGAAGGAUAGGAGACCAGAAACAUCAGUAUCUUCUCUAUACCCCAGUAAACAAGUACUAGACCUGGAGAAUGAUCCACCUCCUGAGGAGCCUCCUGAAAAUGGUACUUCCGGAAGAACGAAAGAGAUUUCAAAAGAGGGCAACGGUUCGGAAGUCAUCAACCUUUUUGAAGAGGCUCCCUGUGCUUCCAUCUCCUCACCAAGCAAAACCUCUGUAUCAAGACCAGCAGCACUCAAAAACAGAUCUACCUUGCGAGAAUUCGUGCCCCCAACAAAAGAGACAAAAGGACAGGCUAUGACAGAUGAAUCAUCUCUAACUGUAGAGUCCAAUGGGAAUAAAAAACUAGAGAUAACUGAUGCUGGCCAUAAAGAUCUGAAUAUAGGCAGACUAGAAGGUCUGAACUUGGAGAAUAGUUCCCCUACUUCGCAUGCAAAAUCAGUCCCAGUAGAGGGAAUAACUGACGUGAUUGUGCAGCCAGAAAAAUUAGGCCUACCAUCAACAAAUGAAAUGCAAACUACUCAGAGCUACCCCAGGCAUGUUCCCGUGCAUGUUGUGGACAGAAGUAUCUCAAAAUGCAUGCCAAUUCCGUCCUCCAAUAACCCAGUAUCCAUCACUCACCAGUCAGGCACUCAUAGACAUCCAAACUCGUUUGCAAACCCAACUGCCUCUGCAACUACUGAUGAACCUGCUAACACAGCAAGGUCUUCCAUUCACCACUCUUUCCCAACUUUCCAUCCUCCCUUCAAUCCAUUCUGCAACAACCAAGAUGCUUACAGAUCUUUCCUGAACGUCUCAUCUGGUUUCUCCAGUCUUAUUGUGUCUACUCUGCUACAGAACCCAGCAGCCCACGCAGCAGCGAGCCUGGCAGCCUCAUUCUGGCCGCCCUGCGUGGAUGAUUCAUUGGCAGACCACCUUGUUGGUGGAUUUCCAGUGGGACCCAUGAGCCCAUCUCCUCCAAGCUUGGCAGCGAUAGCUGCCACUACGGUUGCGGCAGCAUCUGCAUGGUGGGCAUCUCAUGGGCUGCUGCCCUUUUGCCCUCCACUUCACACGGGCUUUGCCUUUGCUCCUGCACCCACGACCACAGUUACAACAAUGCAGACUAACCAAGCUCCUGAAGACAAUAAAGAAAGGGUCGACAAUUGUAAAAACCCCAUGUGGGAAGAUCAACAACUCCUAGAUACUGAAUUUUCGGUGGCUGUGAAAACACCUUGUCCAGAUUCAAAAUCUUUGUCAUUGUCUUCAUCCGACUCUGAGAGUGGAGCUGCAAAGGCAAAUGGUAAUGAACAGAAAGAUGUGGGUCAUGAGCAGAAGCUGGAAUCAAGCAAUGGAUUCCACGAUUCCGACCAGGGGAAUACCAGAAAACAGCUGGAUCGCUCCUCAUGCAGUUCCAACACACCAUCUAGUAGUGAAGUAGAAACAGACAUGUUAGACAAGAAAACAGAAGGCAAGGAAGAGUCGAAAGAAGCUGAACUGGACCAUCUCACUGAUGAGCAUAUCCAUCGACGUAGUAGAAAUAUUUGGAAUGUCAACGAUUCUUGGAAGGAGGUCUCCGAAGAGGGACGUCUUGCCUUUCAAGCACUGUUUUCCCGAGAAGUAUUGCCACAGAGCUUUUCUCCACCACAUGAUUUGAAGAACAAGGCACACCCAAUGGACGAUAUCAAAGCAGGAAUGCAGCAGCGGCAGCUGUGCAAGAAAGACAAUGCAGAUGUGUUGGAAUUGGACUUCAGUGGCAAGACCUUGGAAACCCAUACUGAUCAAACGCAUGGCAAUGAGAAGGAUGAGUCAUUCAGAAGUAACAAUGGCAGCAGCAGCAGCAACAACAUUUCAGAUAAGGUGCUGUCAUUGAACACAUUUGCUGGACAUGGCAAACAAAAAGCUCGUCGAACAGGAUUCAAGCCAUAUAAGAGGUGUUCGGUCGAGGCCAAGGAGAGUAGGGUGAUGAGCAGCGGCCAAGGUGAAGAGAAAGGUGCCAAGAGAAUACGUGUAGAGAGUGAAGCUUUGAUGUGAUUAUAUGUGCAUGAAGGUAUGCAGAGGGACCUUUAGUUAUGGAAUGUAAUCUUUCUUCUUCUUUGAGGCCCAAAGGCCAUGGGACUUAUUCAUGUACUAUUGUGUACUAUAUGUUUACAAUUCGCUUCAUUGUGGCAAUAAUUUAAGGGUUUAAGUAUGCAUGGACUCUAAGAAGUAGUCAUUACCAUUA